AUGUUUGGCAUGAUCAAGAACUCGCUCUUCGGGAACACCGAGGAAACAGAGUACAAGCUGCUCAGCAGUGAGACUAAGGAUAGCGUCAGCUUCGAGGUGCGGAGGUACGAUGCUGCCAAAUACGCCACCAUCUCCUCUGAGGGGAGAACCUUCGACCAGGUGACGGGGGAGCUGAUCAGGAAGCUGCUCAUGUACAUCGGAGGGAGCAAUGAACAAGGCGAGGCCAUGGGGACAGCCGCUCCCCUCAUCAUCACCGUGUACCCCCGCAAUGAUGGCGUUCUGUCUCGCCGCCUGAUGGUUGGUAUCCGCAUACCCUCGACCUACCAGCAGAGCCCCCCCACUCCCACUGACACCGCCAUCAGGAUUGAGGAGCGGCCUGGCAUGACUGUCUACGCUCUGCAGUUUGGAGGCUUUGCAGGAGAGAGCGAGUACCGAGCAGAGGCCUUACGUUUGACUAAGACCCUCGGUGAGACGGCCCCUUUUCAGCGUAAACAGUACUUCUGCUGCAGCUACGACCCGCCACUCAAGCCUUACGGACGCCGCAACGAGGUGUGGUUUCUACAGGAAGAGCCAUAG